AUGGUGAACGGAAGCAGCAACAUUUGCCGAUCCCUUUGGAGGGUACCACCUGAUUGUCUUGUUCGGAUAAAGAAGAAUGGAACACGAAGAAGGGAGCAGGGGAGAGACGAAGGUGGUGACAGGGGGCUCCGGUCGUUUUGCUCGAUAAUCACAGUGAUGACAGAGAGGAGUUGUGAGGGUGGUGAUUGGUGGUCUCCAGGCUCCACCGGUGGUCAUAGCAACAGCCACAGAGGUGAUGAUUGGUUAUCAGAACUGGAGGAGCACAAUCGGGGUUGUGAAGUCGAUUGGAAGGAAGAAGAGAAACAAGAGUGUUGCUACUCUUUUGGUUUCACUGGAACAGCUCCUCCGAUGGAGGACUUUGACAAACAAUUAAAGAAGAAAAAGGGAGAGAGAUGGAUCGAAAGUUUGAGUGUGUGGAAUGAAGAACGAUUUCCAGCUACAUUAUGAUUAUCUUCCACAGAUUUUAGAUUUUGGGAAGACUUUGGUUGAUUUCUUUGUACUUCCAAAUCUAUUAGUAUCGUAUGUGAUUGUUUGUGUGAGGGUGAAUCUUGUAUAGCUUCCUUUGUGUGAGUAUGUAUGUUGUAUAGCUCCCGAU